AUAUAUCCUUUUCUAUUUUAUUCGAAGUGAUAAUUAUAAGUUCUUUAUUGGGCUGUACAAGAAUGAAUUAGAUCGUUCAAAUGAUAUGAUAGAUGGAGUGUGUACUUCUAUUUACUAAUCCAAAGAAAAAGAUGGGAAGAGGGAAGAUUGUGAUUCGAAGGAUCGACAAUUCGACGAGCAGGCAAGUUACUUUUUCGAAACGAAGAAACGGGUUGUUGAAGAAAGCUAGAGAGUUAUCGAUACUUUGCGAUGCAGAAGUUGGUGUGAUGAUCUUCUCCAGUACAGCCAAGCUCUAUGACUAUGCAAGCACUAGUAUGAAUUCCGUUAUUGACCGUUACACCAAGCUGAAAGAGGAACAGCAUCAACUGGUGAAUCCUGCUUCAGAAAUCAAGUUUUGGCAAAGGGAGGUCGCAAGCUUGAGGAAGGAAUUGCAAUACCUACAAGAAUAUCAUAGGCAGCUGAUGGGAGAAGAACUUUCUGGUCUAAGCGUUAAAGAUCUACAGAAUUUAGAAAACCAACUAGAGAUGAGUCUGAGAGGUGUUCGAAUGAAAAAGGACCAAAUUUUAACUGAUGAAAUCACAGAACUACACAGCAAGGGAAAUCUCGCUUAUGAAGAAAAUCUAAAACUACACAAGAAAGUAGACCUCAUGUGUCAAGAAAAUGCAGAAUUACGUAAAAAGGUAAAUGAAGACAGGGAUAUAGGAAAGGCAAAUAAAAGCUCCUACCUGCCAUACACUUUAAGCAACGGAUAUGAUUUGCAUGCUCCAAUCCAUCUCCAGCUGAGCCAACCACAGCCAAAUAGCAAUGAAGCACUGGGAAAAACGAUGCAACUGGGACUACAACUGCAACAGCAAAGCAGGCAGUAGCUAAGAUAGACAUUAGUCAUUGUCCUAACAAUUUGCACCGCUGUUCAAAAUUCCAAGUCAAGAGACCUUGUACAUCAGCCAUGAGACGUAUCUUCCCACAGCAGCACAAUCACUCUGGGUAUGGUACAUUCUACAGGAUAGAUUUUGGAAAUGCAGUAAAAUUCUUGGAAAGAGCUCCAGUCAACAAAAGCUUAUGCAAUAAUGGCGCCGCUAUGAGAUGAGCCAAUUGUUGCUCUAGUUGUGUUAAUAUCUAUAAUGAUUGACGAGAUUGAACGGCUUGUUUGAAUCGUGGUAGUUCCACAUAUUUUCUGAAGAUUUAUCAAAUUUAAAACUUCUCAUCUUGACGACUAA